AUGCUUGACUCUCUUAUAACAUUGUUUUUCAGCUUCCUUCUUCUUACAUUGCGUGAUCUUCUUAUUUGCAUCUCUCACAUGUUUGACUGCAAGGUAGUAAUCCUCAAUCUCACACUCUCUUAUAGCAUUGAGUUCCGCCUCUUCUCAAUUGUCUUUGAAGAGAAUAGUUAUGAGGAGGCAGUAAUUGAGCAGUUUGAUUGA